UUGAGCGGUAGUUUGUGUCGUUACUAGGCAGCGAUAACGGAGUUUCUCCACUAACUGUUGGGAGAGAAUGCCUUGUUUUGCAAAUUGCAAGUGUGUAUACAUACACAUUGCAGUGAAGUAGCUGUUUUCUUUAUAAACCACUAAUUAUUGUUGAAAAACUAUCACCGUCACCAUGGCUUCCUCAAGCGACAUUCGUGAAAAACUACGAAAGAAACGACGGGCUUUGCAAGAAACUUUAACGAAAAGUAAAAAUGAGGACGACGUUCAGGCUCUGGUUCCGUCUACCAAGUUGAGCGAGGAGAAGCGACAAACCACAAUGCAGGAACCUGUGGGCAGUGAGGAAGACCCAGGAGAGACUUUGAAACGCACAAUCAGGGCUCAGAGGCAGAGGAGGAAGAAAAGGCUGCUUGAACAGACGUUAGUCCAGGAGUCCCAUGAUGAUGAUGUGGAGGAGAUCUCAACUAUUCAGCCUGACGGUGCAGAGGAGGGGUCAGCUGAGAAGGCAGAUGAUUCUGUGAUUUCGCUGAGAAGUCAAACUGGAUCUCAGAAAGGUCUCUCCUCAAGAGCUCAGCAGACUCCCAGCGCUCAGUCUCAAUCUAUAGAUGACUUUGUGAAACGCCGUUUGGAAGAGAGGCUGAGAGCAGCCAGGUCUAAAGGUGAGAGUCUUCAGCAGCAGGAGGCUUCUUUUGAGCCAGCCAGUCGCCUGCAAGGCCUCAGAGACAGAGACACUGUGACAAGGUUUGACAGAGAGGUUGAUCCAGACAGAUCUGGGAGACAUGACGCCUCUCCGGCCCUCAGCACCAGGGCCAAGUUGCGAGAAACAGCAAGACGAAUAGGAAAAGGCCUACCAAAUGCUGAGGAGGCAUACAACUUCUUUACAUUCAACUUUGAGCCAGAUCCACCAGAUGGGAGUGAGAGGAGUAGCGUGAAAAGACGAAAGCAGAGAAAAACAGCUGACAGAGAUGAAGAUAGAGGAGAUGAAGCUGAAGAGCAGGAAGAAGCUGAAGCAGAUGAGGAAAAUGAAGAAGAAAAUGAAAACCAGAGUGAAGAAGCUCCUCUUGUACAAAAUGAAGAAGAGGAUUUGUUUGUCAUUGACCAAUCGCCCCAGGACUUUUUGGAAGUGAAGAAGGCUGUGUACAUCGGUUACCAAAAUCAUAUUCAGCGAGAAAGUGAACACCUGUUUACGCCAAGCUUUCGAACAGUUCCAACCUCUGUUAAACUGCCUGAGAACAUGAAGCCUCGCUAUCUGGAGGAUGAGGGUCUCUAUGUAGGGGAGAGGCCUCAUGUGUCCCUGACCAAUGAGAACAUUCUGGAGAAUCGCAUUUUGAAAAUGGAAGAGGGAAUGAAGUGGUUUGGAGAUGACGGCAGGAUCAUGGCUCUGCCCGACCCCAUAAAGGAAUCCUCUACAAGGCCCCCUCUGUUCCAUAUGGAGGAGGAUGUGGACCCUUCACUGCAGACUGUGUACAGGAAGGCGCUGAAGUCGAAGUAUGCAAAUUUGUACAUUGCUGGUGCAGCAGACCCUGAGGGAGACUACCAGCUUGACGUUGAUGUCUCUGGGCUGAUCUUUUCUCAUCACCCGCUGUUCAGCCGCGAACAUGUGCUCGGGGCACGUUUAGCUCAGCUGUAUGAUCAGUACCUCACCAGGCAACACAAUAAUCUCACAGGACACCUCACUGACAAGUUGAACGGAUUGAGGAGUGCACUGAGGAAUAUGCUGGAGAUCCACGGCGGGCAGAGCCUCACUCAGGCGAUGCAGCAGAGAUUUUCUGAGUACAGUCUGGAGAUCAGGACCACUCGGCAGUUGCGAGACAGUGAGCAGGAGAAAGACAGGACUCUGCUGAAGAACAUAGUUAAAGUGUGGAAGGAGAUCAAGGCCCUGAGAGAGUUUCAGAAGUUUUCCAACACACCCUACAAACUCUACCUCAGAAGAGAGAAUGUGGAUCGGGCUUCAGAUGAGCGCGAGCAUGAAGAUGAAAUCUUGGCAGAGGUUGUGGAAUUAGAGGCCGAAAGUGAGGAGGACUACCAGAAAAAGUUGGCUGAGUACAACAAACAGCUGGAGGAGUGGAAGCUCUGGAGGAGGAAACAGAAAGCCAAAAAGAAAAAGAAAAAAAAGAAGAAGAAAGGUCAGACACAUGAGGACACAGAAGAUGAAGACCAGGAAGCGAGCGAGUCAGAAGGACCCGUUGAAGAAGGUCCUCCAAAGCCAGAACCUCCUGAAAGGCUGGACUUUGACUCCAUCGAGCAACAAGUGAGAGAGAAAGCCUCCAGGAUACGAAGGAAACCAGGAGAGGCCAUCUUAAUCCCAGAGUUGUCUGCAUCUGGAAACAUCACUGCCAGUGAGCUCUGCCCCAGAUCUGAAACAGCUCGAAGACAAGAUGUCGCCAGGCGCUCACUUUUCAUCAAGAUCCUCUACAAUGACAAAGAAGUUUCCCGAACAGACAGCCGCUCCCUAAACACCGACUUCAGGGUUCACUUUGGUCAGAUUUUUAAUCUCAAAAUAGUUCACUGCCCCCAAAGCAUUAAUUUGCAGGUGUUUGAGGAGAUUGGAUCAUCGUGUUCCCUCCUGGCUCGGGUGUUUGUUCCAGUUCCAGAGCCCUCAGUCGUGACGGGCAACGUCCCUGUGGAGGAAUAUGAGUUCAGCAGCAACCAGAGAGUGAUGUUUGACCACGAGGGAGUUGGAAGUGAUGUGCCUCUCUCUUUUGAGGCUGAUGGCAGCAACAAACAGACCCUGCUGACCUCUGGGAAGCUGUCAUGCUGUGUUUCUUGGGGAAUCGGGGAAGAUGAUGUACCACUUGCACCUCCUGUUUCUCAACAACCUGGUGGCAUUCACAGUGGCUUGGGCCGUCUCGAUGCUGUCACAUACAUUGGGGCAUCUGGACUAUAUGACAUGAAAAAAAUUGGCGAGUGGGCCACACAGUCACGCCUGGACCCCAACGAUCCAAAAAAUGCUUCCAUCAUGCAGUUGCUGAAAGUGGCCAGCAGUGGAGAGGUAACAGCUCCAGAGUAUUUUCGUCUGGAACAUCUGCAGGAGGAGUUUAAUUUUGUGACGGAUGAAGAGCUGGAAAGGUCCAAAAGGUUUCGCCUUCUCAGGCUGAGGAACCAGGAAGUUGCAGAGUUUCGCAAUUACAAGUGUGUCCCUGCUCUUGAGAGGGAGGUUACGGAUAAAGUGUUCCAGGAAUAUGAAAAAAGACUGAAAGAGGGAGAGAUAAUUGACACCAAAGAACAUUUGGAUUCACACAGAGCUUUAGUGGCCAAAUAUCUUCAGAAGAUCCGGGAAUCAGUCAUCAACAGAUUCCUUCUUGCCAAACAUCACUACAUCCUGUCUGAUUUGGUGAUAGAAGAAGAAAUACCAAGCAUUGGGAUUCUGGGACUAAACCUUUUCAAGCUGGCCGAACCCAAGCGGCCGCUGAAACCUCAGAGGAAGGAAAGAAAGAAGGUGACGGCGCAGAAUCUGUCCGACGGAGACAUUAAGCUGCUCAUUAACAUCAUCCGGGCCUUCGAUAUCCCCAUCCGUAGGCCCCAGAGCAAUAAACCUGGACAGGUGCCUCAGAGUGCCAUCCAGAGCAGCGAUUGGUUCCUCAACCAGGUACAAGUGAGGCCAUUUGUGGAGGUUUCCUUCCAGCGCACAGUACUCCAGACAACCACAGCUGAUGGACCAAACCCAUGCUGGAACGAGGAGCUGCAGCUGCCGUUUAGUGCCCCGAAUGGUGACUACAGCAACGCUAGUUUGCAGUCAGUCAAAGAUGAAGUCUUCAUCAACAUAUUUGAUGAAGUGGUACAUGAAACUGGAGUGAAUGACAAAGACAGGGGGAAAUCCAUCCACAGCUGGGUAGAGAAGCACUGGCUGGGAUCCGUCAAGAUUCCUUUCAGCACAAUCUACUCCCAGUCCAGGAUUGAUGGAACAUUCAAAGUGAAUACGCCAGCUGUGCUGCUGGGGUACAGCAAGGAGCGGAGCCAUGGCGCUAACGGUGGUUAUGAUUUUAUGCGUAGCCUGAGUGAGGGAACAUUUAUCACGCUGUUCAUCACUAUGGAACCUCAGCUGGUGCCUGGAGAGACUAUUAGGGAGAAGUUCGACAGCCAAGAGGACGAGCAUUUACUGCAGGCUUCAGAGAGAUUUGAGAGGGAAGCUGCACAGGGCUACCCAGACCGACCCUGCGUCAGUACAGUCAUAGACCUCAAUGGGAAGACAGUCUUCAUCACACGCUUCAUACGACCACUCAACCCUCCGCAGGAGUUCCUGGAUGCAUUCCCUAAUAACCCCAGGAAGCCACGGUCGGCUCUGGUUGCUCGAUUUGUCUCACUCAUCCCUUCGCUGCCAGAUCGAGUCUCAUUUUCUGGAGCCUGUGACCUGUGGAGCACCUGUGAUCAAUUCCUCACCCUCCUAGCAGGAGAUGAAGAAGAACAUGCUGUACUGCUGUGCAACUAUUUCCUGUCGAUGGGCAAGAAAGCCUGGCUUAUAAUUGGGACAGCCAUCCCAGAGGGGCCCACAGCAUAUGUCCUAACCUACGAGCAGAGCCGCUACCUCAUCUGGAAUCCCAGCAGUGGUCAGUACUAUGGUCAGUAUGACACCUUCUGUCCACUGCAAACCAUCGGCUGUCUGGUCAAUGCUGACAAUGUUUGGUUCAACAUUCAAGAAUACACAACACCAAUGAGACUAAGUUUGGACGUCACAAAAGCCAAUUUGUGGAAACCAUUUUUCUCCCGAUCUUUCUCCCACCCGGGGCUGUCUAGUGUCCAGCCAGAGGAACUGGUGUAUCGCCGCACAGACAAAGCAGCUGCAGCAGAGCUUCAGGACAGGAUUGAGAAGAUUCUGAAGGAGAAGAUCAUGGAGUGGCGACCUCGUCACCCAACCCGCUGGAACCGCUACUGCACCACCACCCUGAAACAAUUCCUGCCCAAACUGGAGAUGAGCAGGGGGCAGGACGUAACUGAGGGACACCGCCACGAGUUGCAGAGCCUGCUGGGAGAGAACAGGAUUUCAGGUUUCCCCCUCCAUCUGCCGUUCUCUGAGAUUCGUCCCAUCGUAGAGGCAGUGUACAGCACCGGAGUUCACAGUGUGCAGGCAUCAAAUGUGGAGUUUGCCCUGGCUGUGUAUGUGCACCCUUACCCCAAUAAUGUGCUAUCAGUGUGGGUGUACCUGGCCUCUCUCGUCCGCACUUGAUACAAGGGACACUUAUCUCAUUGCGGCACAGUGCUUCACUGCUUUUGCAGAUAUAAGAUGUUAUCUUCUUUUACUGCUUUUCAACAUUGAACAAUGGCCAAUUUGUUUGUUUUAAAAGAAUUUGUUUUAGAAUUUCAAGUCAUGCCAACUAAAAAUAUAAAUGUAUAAAACUGACUAUCAGUAUUCAUCCUUUUUAAGUCAGUAUUUAGUAGGUGUAACUCUGGCUGCCAUUACAGCAUUAAUCCUGUGUGAAUGGAGGUCAGUCAGCUUUGCACAUCUGGACACUGCAGUUUUACCUCAUUCUUCUUUGGAAAACUGAUCAAGCUGUCAGGGCUGCACUGGGAACUUGAAGAUUUCCAGGAUUUCUCUUGACUUUGCUGGUUUUAUUUUACCUUUUGCUUUUACAUUUUUGAAAACGUAUGUCCAAGUGUAACCGACACGAAAGUGCCCUGGGACAAACUUGUUGGACUUCCAACAGAUGGAGCACCGGCGAUGUGCGGUGAAAAAAAGUGGGGGGGAUGCGAUUAAAGAUGCAGGAGGAGAAGUGUACUGGUGAGUAGACAGCAUAUCACUGCAUCAUCCAUCAGGAAACACUGUGUGGUAAAGUGUUGAAAAUGGAACGGGUUUGAACCACCAGCAAUUUCAGUCUUUUUUGUGAGAAAUAGAUUCAGAAUUUGCUGACAUUCCUUAUCGUACAGAGGUGUGUUGGCUGAGUCCAGGAAGGAUUCUCAAUAGAGUUCUUGAGCUACACAAGGAAUUUUGAGAGUUCGUGCACUGUAAAAAACUAGUCUGUUCAGCAGAGUUGGUAUUCUGAUUUGUUUGAACAUGAAAAUUAAAAUAGCUGUACUACUUGACAUGAAAAUACACAUUAGACCAAUCGUGUGUAUCUCAAUAUGUCUAAAUUUCUAAUUGUGAAUAAGCUGAAAAUGUAAUUUGUUGUUAGUACAACAAAGCUGGAAAAAAACCACAAGGUUUCCCAGAAUACACAACAGCAGCAAGUCCUCAUGCUUACUUUCCCUUGACCUACAACACUUACCAUCCCCUGAAGCUCAGCAGGUUAAAUGAACAACUUAUAAACAGGAGCAAUACGUAGUGGUCAGGGGUUCAAAUCCAGCUAAUGGCCCUUUGCUGAAGGUCCUUAAAAAUAAAUUUAAGGAAAUAUUUAAAGUUUAAGUUUAUUUUUAUAAAAUACCCCAAGAGCAAAGAAAAGUGAAUGUUUUAUUAUUUUUACUUUUGUGGAAAAGCAUCAUUUUUAUGUCAUUUUUUCAUGUUUUUUUUGCAGCAUGUUCAUAGUUGUAACUUUUAUAAUUUUAACGAGAGAUUUUUAUAGGGGGCUGCGCAGUGAAUUAGUGGUUAGCACUUUCGCCUUGCAGCAAGAAGAUCCCCGGUUCAAAUCCUGGGGUGGGCCUGGGAUCUUUCUGCAUGGAGUUUGCAUGUUCUCCCUGUGCAUGCGUGGGUUUUCUCCGGGUACUCCGGCUUCCUCCCACAGUCCAAAAAUAUGCUGAGGAUAAUUGGUUAUUCUAAAUUGCCCGUAGGUGUGAGUGUGCUUGUUUGUCUGUAUAUGUAGCCCUGAGACAGACUGGCGACCUGUCCAGGGUGUCCCCUGCCUUCACCCGAGUCAGCUGGGAUAGGCUCCAGCGACCCCAGUGAGGAUAAAGCGGUGUAUAGAGGAUGGAUGGAUGGACAUUUUUCUAGAGAACAAAGUAUUUCAAGUUAUAUAAAGUUUUAGUUUAUUUAUUGUGGAAUAAUAUUCCUGUCUGUUUUUAUUCCUAUUUAUGUUCCAAAAAACAUUUACUUUUAGUGUGUUCAAUAAAUGUUUAUCCUGUUCGGCCCACGA